AUUUUGGCUCAAAAAUACCCUUCCGUUAAAAUAUUGGGUCACUUUUGCCCUUACUAUUAAUAGAGGUGUGUUAAGUGCCACGUGGACGCCACGUGGAUGCCACAUGGACGCCAUGUCGACGCCACAUAAGCACCAAACAAUUCUCACCUCCACAUAGACUCAUACAUCCUAAUUACUAAUUUUGUUCUCAUUUCUUUUGGGACAUACAAUUUGACCUCUCAUUUCUCUAAAAUACAUUUCCCCUCUUCUCUCUAAUAUACAAUUUCACCUAGGGUUUCAGAUUUCCUCUCAUGGACACCAUUCCAUUUCAAAGUUGAUUUCACCCCUUUGUUCAUUUCACUGCUAGGGUUUCGAAGUAGACAAAAAUUUCGAAACAAUGUCUGAAUCCUCUAUCGAUUCACUUGAAAAAUUGUAUGCAAGAAGAUGUCAUUGUGGUCUCAAUGCUUUAAAUUUGACGGCUUGGACUGAUUUGAAUGCAGGGAGAAGGUUCUACAAAUGUCCUAGACCCAAAGUCACUUCAUGUGGAUAUUGGGAAUGGCAAGACAAACAACAACUCCCACCAAGAGCAGUAACAGUUAUAAUGGACUUAAAGGGUAAAUUGGAUGUUAUGAAGGUUGAAAGAAACAAAUUGAAACGGAUUGUUGAUGGAAUGGAAAAAGCUGAAAGGGACAAUCUGGAAAUUUUGUUUGAAGAAAUGAAAUUUAUUUCAGCCCAAGAAGCUGGAAAAGUUAUGCUUUUGGAGAAGAAAAUCAAAAAAUUGAAAACUAUCAUUUUCAUUUCAUGUGCUUUGUUCGUUGUGUUUGUUGUAAGGAUCAUGAAGUGAAUGUAUGUAAGGAUCAAACACUUUAAAACUCAAUGUAUGAAUUGAAUAUUUGUUGUUUUAGUACUUAUGGAGUUUGAAUUACAAGUUUAUGUAUUAUUGAAUUUGCAUUUUGUAAUGAAGUUGUAGUACUUAUGG